AUGAAAAUACAUCUCUUAUUGGCCGGGCUGGCCAUUGGCGCCUCGGCCCUCUACGAGGAUCAAGUCGGCAAAUUCGACUGGCGCCAGCAAUACGUCGGUUGCCCCACGCAAGUGCAAAUCGACCGUCGCGGCAAGCUGGACCGGUACAUCGUGUCCACCGCCGAGAAUGUUGUCGCGUCGCUGUCGAUGAACACCGGGGAUAUCGUCUGGCGCAAGGUGCAAGAAGACGUCGGCAACAAGGAGCUGAAGCAUCCGCUCGUCUUUUCCGGCCAGAAAAAUGUGAUCUGCUCGCUGUCCGAGUCCGGGAAAAUGGUUCGACUCUGGGCGAAGCGGGACGGCGGAUUUGUUGGGCAGCAACUUUUGGGGACCGUUGAGAGUUCUCACGCCCCAUUCGUUACGACAACAGCCGACACUUGCCUUGUCCUGUCGCACAAUCGAGCCAUCGCCUUGUCCCUGAAAGACGCGAGCAAGCUGUGGGAGGUCGAGCUGAGGAAGAGUGACUGGGUGGCCGCGCGAGCGUUCGAUGGUGGAUUCGCGAUUGUUGGCGGGUUGAAGGAGAACAAUGAGGUCCACGUCAAAUGGGUCGACACCAAAGGCAUGCAGACGCUGAACAAGAUCCUCGACGUCAACUCGUUCAACCCGCAGAAGGUCGCUUUCACGGGCAGCCACCUCGUCGGCUUCUGGGAUUCGACCGUUUACGCCCUGAACAUCCUUUCUGAUGGGCCGGACAUAAAAAUCGAAGCGAAGGGUGUUGAGGAGACCGUUUUCGAGACCUUCGCGCUGACGUCGGAGAAUUUCGUGGCGAUCCGUACGAAAAGCCGAGUCCAUAUCCUCGACGUGAUCAAGGGAUUCUCUAAGGUGUUCUCUCUACCCUCUGAAGCCGAGGCCGUCUCCGAGUACGUCAAUAAGGAGGGCAAACGAUUCCUGGCAUCCGUUCAUGGAAAUCGGCUUUCACUUUAUCACGUCGAUGGCGACAAGGAGCUGCUCAAGGAUGUGGUCUUCGAUUCGGAGCUGAAACGCGCCCCGGCCAAGCAGCUGAUCAUCGGCGGCGGGGACAAGGAAUGGGAAUUCUUGGUGAUUGGCGCUGAUUGCCGCACGGACCACGUCGUCGCCGAUAUUACCGUCAAGAAGGCGGCUUUGGAAUGGACUAGAGAGGAAGGGCUGACCCGUAUCGGAAGCGUUGAACUGCUCGACCUGCCGCUCAGCGAGUCCCAGGCGGCUAUCGAGACCGAAUUCGCCGUUGAUGAGAAGAACAUCCUCGCCUCGUUCGCCCAUCGCAUCUUCUCGCAGCUCGACCAGUUCAAGAAGCUCAUCGCCCGCUCGGCUGAUAUGGCUUUGGAGCUUGCCCUGAACAUGAAGCAGAUGAAAUCGGGCUCAUUCUCCGACCUUCUCAAUUCGGUGCGCCAGUCGGCCCGAAAAUCCCAUUCUGGCGGUCAACCCCUCGAGCGCGACGUCUUCAAUCUGCGCAAACUGAUCGUGGCCACGUCGCUGGGAGGGUCGAUUUACGCGCUCGACAACCAGGAUGGAGCCGUCGUCUGGCGUCGCUACAUCGGCGCCGAUAUCCAGGGAUUCGAGACGAUCGAGGGGAAAACGAAGAUCCCAAUCCUCGUGCAACGAACGACGGCCUUCUACAAUUUCGACGCCCAAAUCGUCGUCGCCUACAAGCGGAACGGCAUCGGGCAUCUCCUCUUCCUCAACCCCGUCAACGGCAAGGAGGUCGACCACCAGACGGUAGACAACGCGCGUCGCAUCGACCUGCUCCCGUUCGUUGAUGGCGACCAUUUGCACCACGUCAUCACCGUUGAUCGGACUAAUCAGGUAUCGAUCUACCCGAAGCUGUCGGCCGACGCGAUUGAGAAGGCCCCGCCCGUCCACCUCUUCGACGUCAACGGCGUCAACGGCAAGGUCACCGGCUAUAAGCUCGAUCUGACGACGAAUCGACUGACCGAAACGUGGGCCCAUCAGCUGCCGCAUUGGGAGGAUUCGACGGUUGUGGCAAUUGCUGGCAAGCCGGCUUCUGAGCGCACCCACUCUCAAGGCCGUGUCCUCGCCGACCGCUCCGUCCUCUACAAGUACGUCAACCCGAAUCUGAUCGCCGUCGGGUUGUUGGCCAAAUCCGCGCCCCAGCUCAACAUCCAUCUUUUUGACUCGGUCACCGGCCAAAUCGUCCAUUCUGCUCGCUUGCCGAAGGUGACGGCCCCCGUCUACAUGGUCCACUGCGAGAAUUGGGUUGCGUACGCGUACUGGACGGAGAAGGGCCGCCGAACCGAGAUCGGCAUCCUCGAGCUGUUCGAGGGCGAUGAGCAGCAACAUGUGGAAACGUUCGACUCGGAAGAGCCGCUGAAGCGCCCGCUGCACGUCGAGCAGGCGUCGUUCAUCUUCAGCCAGGGCAUCAGCUCGAUGGCCGUCACCGAGACGGAGCAAGGCGCCUCGAACCGCGCGAUCCUCGUCUCGCUGCCGUUCGGGAACAUUUUCGAGGUGAACCGCCGCAUCCUGGACCCGCUUCGCCCGAUGGAGCUGACCCCGGAGAUGAGGGAGGAGGGCGGUUUCAUCCCCUACAUGCCCGAGAUCCCGAUUGCCACCGAGGAGAUGCUCAACUACAAUCAGACCGUCCACCACGUCAACGGCAUCAAGACUGCGCCGUCCGGCUUGGAGUCGACGUCGCUGGUGUUCGUCUACGGGCUCGACCUCUUCUACACGAGGGCCACGCCUUCUGGAAAUUUUGAUGUGCUCAAGGACGACUUCGACCACAUUCUGAUCUGCAUCGUGCUCGCCGCCCUCUUCAUCGGAUCGUACGUCUGCCGGAAGUUGGCCCGCAACAAGGCCCUCCAACAGCAAUGGGCC